UAUUUUACUAGCGCCGGAGCUCCUACCUAUCCUAUACCUCCUAUAUCUUUUUAUAAUAUUAAACUAAAGUUAAGCUUAAUAGGGUCUUAUUUCCCCGCUAAUUCUACUAAGCCUAUUCCCUUAGCUAUAGUCUUACUAAAUAGUAGAUAA